GGCCCAUGAUGUACAAGGGUUUGUACCAUCUCUUUUACCAAUAUAAUCCAUGGGGAUCUAUAUGGGGCAACAUUGUUUGGGCUCAUUCAGUCUCAAAGGAUCUAAUUAACUGGAAAGCUCUUGAGCCUGCAAUUCACGGGUCCGAACCCUUUGACAUAAACGGGGUAUGGUCCGGUUCUGCUACGAUCCUACCCGGUAACCGACCCGCUAUACUUUAUACGGGCAUUACCGCGAACAAUGUACAAGUCCAAAAUGUUGCAUUCCCAGCCAAUUUAUCAGACCCAUACCUCCAAAAAUGGGUCAAACCCGUCUACAACCCGAUCAUCACUCCGGGCCCGGAAAUGAACAUAUCAACAUUUCGGGACCCGACCACUGCAUGGUGGUCCGGUGGGCAUUGGAAUAUUUUGGUGGGUUCGAGGAGAAAGCAUAGGGGGUUAGUAUAUUUGUAUAGGAGUAGGGAUUUUAAGACAUGGACCAAGGCUAAACACCCCUUACAUUCGGUCUCUAAGACGGGUAUGUGGGAAUGUCCGGAUUUUUUUCCCGUUCCAACACAAGGUAAACAUGGGUUGGACACUUCUACUAUGGGCUCGAACGUGAAGCAUGUGUUAAAGGUUAGUCUUGAUAUUACAAGGUAUGAGUACUACACUAUUGGAAAAUAUGAUCCUAUUAUAAAUAGGUAUUUUCCAGACAAUGCUGAAAUUGAUGGUUGGAAUGGGUUAAGGUAUGAUUAUGGUAAUUUCUAUGCCUCAAAAACGUUCUUUGAUUCUGAAAAGGGUCGUAGGAUCUUGUGGGGUUGGUCUAAUGAAUCUUGGACCCCAGACGUGAGUGCCGUUAAAGGUUGGGCUGGAGUUCAGGCUAUACCACGUUUGUUAUGGUUGGACCCAAGUGGGAAACAAUUACUUCAAUGGCCAGUUGAGGAAGUGGAAAGACUCAGGGGUAACAAGGUUGAGCUGAAAUAUCAUCACCUCAAGCCAGGAAAUAAAUUUGAAAUCAAAGGCAUAACUCCAGCUCAGGCUGACAUUGAAGUAGUAUUUGAGAUCCCAAGUAUAGAAAAGGCUGAGGUAUUUGACCCGAAGUGGGUGGAUCCCCAAGAUUUAUGCAUUCGAAUGGGAUCAAGUAAUCGAGGAGGGGUUGGGCCUUUUGGGCUUCUCGCACUUGCUUCUGAUAAUUUGGAGGAGUAUACUUCUGUGUUUUUCAGAGUUUUCAAGACCCAAAACAACAAACAUGUUGUCCUUAUGUGCUCCGAUUCCUCAAGCUCUUCAACGGAAAAGAUAUUAUACAGACCAACAUUCGGUGGUUUUGUAGACGUAGAUUUGAGUGCAGAUAAGAAAAUCUCUCUUAGAACUUUGAUUGAUCACUCCAUCUUGGAGAAUUUUGGAGCCGGAGGCAAAACAUGUAUAGUAUCCAGGGUAUAUCCCAACAUAGCAAUCAUGGACAAGGCCCAUUUACAUGUCUUUAACAACGGUUCGGAAGCCGUUAUCGUGGAACAUCUCAAUGCUUGGAGCAUGAAAAGGCCGCGUAUGAACAAUUAGGUCAUUUCUUCAAUUCCCCUUAAAAUCGUUGGGGAAAAGAAUUAAUUCGUGUUAUUUUUAUGCAAAUUAAAUUAGAGCCUUGGAUCAUGGUGUGUUAUGUUGAGUAGGUUAGGUUGAGUGGGUAAUUAUGUUUGUCAUUAGUUCUUGAUUAGAAUAGGAGUGUAAUUUUUCUCUAUUGAUCGAUAAUAUUUAUGAGUAUAUGUAUGUGACUAUAUUUUGGAUUUUCAAUUUAUCGUUGAAUAAAACGAUUUCUAUAUUAAUUAUCUCUAA